CGCAGCCGCAGACGUGGGGAGACGGCGAGACAGCUUAGAGCGUAGCCACUGCUCCUCCGCCAUUCAGCCCAACUGCCACCCGAGUCGGACCGGACAGGAGCGAUUUACCAGCAGAACCGGAGCCCGUCUUCGCCCUCGUCACCUUCCUCUGCAUCAGCAGCAGCUAUCCGCCACACUCCCCACACCGCAGCGACAACAUGCGUGAGAUAGUGCACCUUCAGGCCGGCCAGUGCGGGAACCAGAUUGGAGCGAAGUUCUGGGAGGUGAUCAGCGAUGAGCAUGGCAUUGACCCAACAGGAACCUACCAUGGAGACAGCGACCUGCAGCUGGACAGAAUCAAUGUUUACUAUAACGAGGCUUCAGGUGGAAAGUAUGUGCCUAGGGCCAUCCUAGUGGAUCUGGAGCCAGGCACUAUGGACUCUGUCCGAUCCGGCCCAUUCGGACAGAUCUUUAGACCUGACAACUUUGUCUUUGGCCAGAGUGGAGCAGGCAACAACUGGGCCAAGGGCCACUACACAGAGGGAGCUGAGCUGGUGGACUCAGUCCUGGAUGUAGUGAGGAAAGAGGCAGAGAGCUGCGAUUGCCUGCAGGGCUUCCAGCUCACACACUCUCUGGGUGGUGGAACUGGCUCUGGCAUGGGAACACUCCUCAUCAGCAAGAUUCGUGAAGAGUACCCAGAUCGUAUCAUGAACACUUUCAGUGUGGUGCCCUCUCCUAAGGUGUCCGACACAGUGGUGGAGCCCUACAACGCCACCCUGUCUGUCCACCAGCUGGUUGAGAACACAGACGAGACCUACUGCAUCGACAACGAAGCCCUGUAUGACAUCUGCUUCCGCACGCUCAAACUCACCACGCCCACUUACGGAGACCUCAACCACCUUGUCUCUGCCACCAUGAGUGGGGUAACCACUUGCCUGCGUUUUCCCGGCCAGCUAAACGCUGACCUUCGCAAGCUGGCUGUUAACAUGGUGCCGUUCCCCCGUCUGCACUUCUUCAUGCCCGGUUUUGCCCCCCUCACCAGCAGGGGCAGCCAGCAGUACAGAGCCCUGUCAGUGCCCGAACUCACUCAGCAAAUGUUUGACGCCAAGAACAUGAUGGCGGCCUGCGACCCGCGCCACGGCCGCUACCUUACUGUGGCCGCUGUGUUCCGAGGGCGCAUGUCCAUGAAGGAGGUGGACGAGCAAAUGUUGAAUGUGCAGAAUAAGAACAGCAGCUACUUCGUUGAGUGGAUCCCCAACAAUGUGAAGACGGCCGUGUGCGACAUUCCUCCUCGUGGCCUCAAAAUGGCUGCAACCUUCAUCGGCAACAGCACAGCCAUCCAGGAGCUCUUCAAGCGUAUCUCUGAGCAGUUCACUGCUAUGUUCCGCCGCAAGGCCUUCCUCCACUGGUACACUGGGGAAGGCAUGGAUGAAAUGGAGUUCACUGAGGCAGAGAGCAACAUGAACGACUUGGUGUCUGAGUACCAGCAGUAUCAAGAUGCCACCGCUGAAGAGGGAGAGUUUGAGGAGGAGGGAGAGGAGGAGGUGGCCUAAGGCUGAAAUCCCUUUCUUUCUGUCCAACCAUCCAUCCACUUUCUACCUACUCUGAUCUCGGCUGUCUCAUGCCUCUGCCUCUCCUCCUUUUUUCUGUUCACACACUCCUUAAUUUCACCCAGAGUAGGAUUCACAGCACUAAACUGACUCACAUGUCAAUGUUCAUGUUCUGUAGCGGUAGCUAACACAAGUGUGCUUGUGGUAUUUUGUCAGUAGCUUUAUGUUAAUGGUCAAACAUUUCCAUACCCAAGUGUUCAGUAUAACUGUUUAACAAAUGAAGAUUUGAACUUGUGUCUAAUUUGGCAUUGGUUAAAUAAAGUUGUUGGCAAAGUA